AACAAGAUGGACAACCAAAUACUCGGCCGGCGUGUGGGUUCUCAGCGUGGCUACGAGUCUUGUGGCUGCAGGGGUAGAAGACAAGAUCGUGGUUCAGUUAGAAAAGGAGAAAAAGGCAAAUACUACCUUUGGAUAAGAAUCAAAGGGUUUAUUCGGUACCCUCUCGAUUUUUUGGUGGUUUUUUGGUUGUUCCGCCGGUGUCGGGACGUGUGUUGAUAAGACAAGACAACCUUAAGAGAUCCCCAUGUCCAGACAGACUCCUUAACGGAGUACAUGAUGAGGGAGAUACCCUAGCAGCCACUGAGAUUGGCAUUCAGAAGACUCGGCGUAAAAUGACAACGUCCUCCAUCAACGAUAUUCAGGGGCAAGAUACAGGCUACGAUGCCGACGUGGAAGUGGUCAAACCAUACGAGAUUGAAGAGCCGGACGAUGAAUACGCCAUCGAAUCUCCUAGACCAGGGACUCCGGUGAAAGCUCUCGAAGGAGCUGGGGGAUGGCAGGAAGAACUGGUGGAUUCCAUGCAGGAGCUGUACUGCGACUCGGAUACCACCCAAUCACCUCUCCGAGACGGCUCAAAACGGGGUCUGAAACGGAAACCUACAAACUCGUCGAGACCAGAGGUCGGGUGUCAGUCGCAGCCAGCAGAGAAGUCCAGCGAGACGACGGCGGCUCUGAGUCCGAAAAGGCUCCGCAGACGAAGCAGACGGUCGAGAGAAGGGUUUCGACCUGGUCGUGCCGCCGCUGCCCUCUGGCACAUUCACAGUCGAACGCCGUCUUGUGAGAUUUCUACGCCGGCGGGUCGGUCUACGAGUGCCAGUACAUUUGAGACGGCGAAUGAGGAAGUCAGAUGUAGCGACAACAUGGAUACUAGUAUUGAUUGAGAAGCGCCGUCUUCUUGUCGGAAUUGGCCACCACACAGGGAUCAUCACAAUGACACCCUUGGAAUAGUAAUCCAUUUCCUCUGCAUGGAUGGCUUUCCUUCAUCUUUCUGAUCUAAAGAAUAUCAAACAUUAAUACCACAGAUACUGAGAAUUAUCAUGUCCAGUGCUCUUGAGAGGCCUCUGUGUUGGUCUGGACCUCCCAAACCCGAUCACGUGCACCUGCAGGGCCAUCAUGCGCUAAACUAAAAAUGGACCUCCAGCAUUGGUGAAUGACGUCAGAUGGCU